AUUCAUUCAAUGUGUUUUGAAUAACAUUCAUUGCAUAGAAAAUUAUACACAUUUGAUCUAGCAAAGAAGAAAUAUGGGAGACGAAGGUAUAGUGAGAGGUGUCACAAAGCAGGCAACCCCUGGGAAGGCUACUAUAUUAGCUCUUGGCAAAGCUUUCCCUCACCAGCUUGUGAUGCAAGAGUAUUUAGUUGAUGGAUAUUUUAGGGACACUAAUUGUGACAAUCCUGAGCUUAAACAAAAGCUUGCUAGACUUUGCAAGACAACCACAGUAAAAACAAGGUAUGUUGUUAUGAAUGGGGAUAUACUAAAGAAGUAUCCAGAACUUGCUGUCGAAGGCGCCUCGACUGUAACACAACGUUUAGAGAUAUGUAACAACGCAGUUACACAAAUGGCAAUCGAAGCUUCCCAAGUUUGCCUAAAGAAUUGGGGUAGACCCUUAUCAGACAUAACUCAUGUAGUUUAUGUUUCAUCUAGUGAAGCUAGAUUACCCGGCGGUGACCUAUAUUUGUCAAAAGGACUAGGACUAAACCCUAAAAUUCAAAGAACUAUGCUCUAUUUCGCUGGAUGCUCGGGAGGCGUAGCUGGCCUUCGCGUUGCAAAAGACAUAGCUGAGAACAACCCUGGAUGUAGAGUUUUGCUUGCUACUUCUGAAACUACAAUUAUUGGAUUCAAGCCACCAAGUGUUGAUAGGCCUUACGAUCUUGUUGGUGUGGCACUCUUUGGAGAUGGAGCCGGUGCUAUGAUAAUUGGCUCAGACCCAGUGUUUGAAACUGAGACACCGUUGUUUGAGCUUCAUACUUCAGCCCAAGAGUUUAUACCAGACACAGAGAAGAAAAUUGAUGGGAAGCUGACUGAGGAGGGCAUAAGUUUCACGCUAGCAAGGGAACUUCCUCAGAUAAUCGAAGACAAUGUUGAGGGAUUCUGUGAUAAACUAAUUGAUGUUGUUGGGUUGGAGAAUAAGGAGUACAACAAGUUGUUUUGGGCUGUGCAUCCAGGUGGGCCUGCAAUAUUGAACCGCGUGGAGAAGCGGCUUGAGUUGUCGCCGGAGAAGCUGAAUGCUAGUAGAAAAGCUCUAAUGGAUUAUGGAAAUGCUAGCAGCAAUACUAUUGUUUAUGUGCUGGAGUAUAUGUUAGAAGAGGACAAGAAGAUUAGAAAGGCGGGUGGAGGAGAUUCUGAAUGGGGAUUGAUACUUGCUUUUGGACCUGGAAUUACUUUUGAGGGGAUUCUAGCAAGGAACCUAUGUGCAUGAACUCUUAUACAAUUGUGAUG